AUGGGCUACAUGCGAUCCUUCGACGCUCUCGGCAACUUCAUCUUGGAGAACGCGACAGAGCUGGUGCACGAGGGGGAGCACAAGGAAGACAAUCACAUCUUCAAGAGCAUCGACCCGGACAUCUGGAGGGGAAAGACAAAGUACCUCGGCUCCUGCUUCGUGCAUGGCAAGUCGGUCCUCGCCAUCGCCCUCACUCAGGGCAGCCAAGACAUCGAGAAUCCCUUCCCCGAACACGAGCAUCCUCACCUUGACGCUGCUGCAGAAGCCGAAGAGGAAUCUGAUUUCGAUAAACCCGCUCUCAUCAAGGAGCUCGCCGAGUAUCAGGAUGACUAG